GCGGCCUCCGCGGGGCGGGCCCCCCACUCCGAAUCACGGCUGCAUUGUCGCGCAUUCCCAGCCGUCCAGUCUUCAGGUUAGGUCGGCAGCAGGCAGUGACAGGUGCACAAGUCAUCUUAUUGUCUAGUUGAGCUGAAGAGCUGAAGGAGAGUUUUCCGUCUACCUCUACAGCCGGCACGACCAGCACAACAUCGGCACCAUGAGUCAGAUACCUGUCAGUGCCAAGCAGAUACUCAAAGAAAAUGGUACUGGAGGCUUCACGCUCUGUUCGGACACCCUGGAGAGCAUCCUUGGGACAGAACACGCCGAUAAACCCGUGAUAGUGAUAUCAGUAACGGGUACAACCGACCCCGGCAAGACAAUGAUUUUUGACAUGAUGCUACGGCAUCUCGAUCCAUCCACAAGGAGCACAGACGAUCGUGGCGGCUCUACAAGAGGAAACGAAGACCGUCCAUCACGGAACAGCGGCAUCGAGUUGUGGCCGCACCUGUUUCCCGUGACGUUACCCACCGGGGAGGAGGCCGUCAUCGCGCUCAUGGACACCCAGGGCGCCGCUGAUGACGCGCCGCGGUCGCAGGCGGUGCAGGCCCUCGCCACUCUGCUCAGCUCGCUGCAGAUCUUCAACGUCGUGGACGACUUGAGUGACGAUGUUUUGGAGCAGCUGAGGCAGUCCAUAGAGUUUGGUCAAACGCUGUCGAAGAGCACCAACGCUCCGGCCUUUCAAAAGCUCAUGUUUGUUGUGCACGACUGGAAGGCGAUAGACAAAUUUCCAGUCGGGGCUGGUGGGGGUGACCAACUUGUGAAGAAAUGGCUCCUGCAGAACGGUACAACAAAUAAGCAAAUCGAGAUGGCCCGCCAGCAUAUAGGUGACUGCUUCAAUGACGUUAACGGAUUCCUCCUGCCGUUUCUUGGGCCUCCCAGCGAUCACUCUCCUUCCGCGCCUGACGGUUCUGGUCUGCUGGGUGUGCUCCCGCUAGCAGUUGUGUUCCCACCAGCACUGCUGUUCGUACCAGAAAUACUUCGCCACCGGUCAGCUUUACUGCAGGGGACAAGGAGUCGUCAGCUUAUCAAUGAAUUUUCUGCCAGACUCAUUGAGCUGAUCCAAGAGACUCUGGCGCCAGAGAAUCUAGCUAUCAAGGUUGUCGCGGGCGAGCGCCUCACCACUGGCGACCUGUGCAGGCUCAUCACCAAAUAUGUGGAACUGUUCUCCAGCAAGGAGCCGCCGAAGCCGGAGGACGUGGUGUACGCGACGAUCGCUUGUCUGUAUCCCGCAGUACAGGCCGCCAAAGAACAAUAUGUAGAGGCGAUGGCCAGUGUGUUUCGUGAGGAUCAGCCCGCGUUGAAUGACGACGAGCUGAUGAGACAACACAAGGAAGCCACAGCGAAGGCAGAGGCAACCUUCCACGCACAGAAAAAGACGGGAAACGACUCUCUGGUACAGAACGGCCUGAAGAUACUGCUGAAAGACAUUGAGAAGUGCUUUGAUGAUAUUGAUCGUGAGAACACUGGCAAACGCAAGAAGGAGGAACAGGCAGCUGAAAAGAAGAAGAAGGAAGAGAGCCAGCAGUACAUCAUAGAGCUCGUAAAGACCUGUACGGAGAUGUACAUCAACGCGAUGAAAGCUGUUGCCGACGUCGACGGCUUCGUCACUCGAGACAAUUUAAGAAGGGCUCACGCCACUGCCAAAGAGAAAGCGAUGAACAAGUUUGACGCCAGGAGCAAAAACCACACAGUCGAGUGGGACAGUCGCUAUUGGUUAACCUGUGUCAUCGGUGCACGCUUUCGCCUGAUGCAGUACCACAACGAGGUCAUGAAAGACGCUGAGGAUCGACGAGCCGUACGUGGCAACAUGAAGGCCGUGGAAGUGGCUCUCAAAUCCUACCGAACUGUGCUGAGCUCGACGAUUUCUGGAGAAGGCAUAAACGAUGACAGUCUGCUGCGUCAACAUGAUCGGACAGUCGCGGCAGCCGUCGACACUUUCAAAUCGCUCCAUGAAGGGGAUGAAGAUACGGCUGAAAAAUACGUGCAGGAACUCAAGACGCUCAUCGGUGAGGAGUUUAAAAUGAUCCGAUGCAGUCUCAAAUCAUAACACCCACUGCGACCCACAACGAACCGCGACGAGUGUCGAUCGAGUGUCGGUCGGAGUCGACAGUCCUGCGCGGAGUCGGAGUCGUGGUCGGAGUCGCCAAAAUCUUAUCCGGCUCUGACCCUGAUGUCGGAGUCAAUAUUGCAUGGCUUAAUGGCAUGCCCGACACCUCUUUGCUUGAAAAAAUCGUUCGUUGAUCUUUCCAAACCAGGUAUUGUCGAAGCUAAGGCAAUAAUUCUUUUUUGAACGAGCGUUGUCAGCGAAAAAGCAGAGGGCAACGGCUGCGCCAGGGCCAGAGCCUGCUUAUAGUUCUCCAUGUUAUGUUUGUAAUGCAUGUCUUUGAAACGCGCAUAGGAUUAUUUAAGGCAAGAGAAAAAGAUGCAAUGAACGUAAAGGGAAACCGGAAACGUCCGAAGUCUGAGCUGGAGUCGGAGUCGACUCCGACUCCGACUCCAGCUACGGAGUCAAUUCCGACGUUGUUUUGACGACGAACUCCGACAACUUGUUCAUUUUACGGGGUCGGAGUCGGAGUCCCUUAAAAGUUACCGACUCCGCAGCUCUGUCUGUAGUAUUAGAAUGUUUGAGUGUUGACUGGUUCUACUGUGAUCCUAACUAUGUGAGCCGGAGGCAGCGAGGCGUCCAAGGAACCUGUCCGUCACUUUAGGUGUCAGUAUGUUAUUGUGGAUGAUUUGUUUAAUCGAGACAGCACUUUGUACAUAAUGUGACGAAAAUACAUUUUACGUAGAGCGACCA